CUCAUGAGGAAGAGGGAGCAACAAAUUUUAAAAGAGCUCAUAGGAAACAACCAUGAGGAACACUAUAUCAAAAUCCAAAUUGGACAAAUACAGAACUGGUGGUAAAGAUCCAAACUACAUUGUAAGAUCAUGGGCAUCCAAACUUGGGACAGUCACACAGGGACACAAGCUCCCUAAAUACACCUAUCGCAGCCAAUGGCUUCAGACACUCAACCGUGUGGAACUCAUGCAAAAUGUUGAAGUGCAACAGACACUUAGAAAUGUUAUGAGCAUACUGAAAGCUGGGGAUGAAAUUAUGCAAGAUUCUGAUAGUGCUUAUAAAUUUGCAGAGAAGAGAAGGAUUAAGAAAUGCCAUGAAGCUGUGUGUAAGAUAAGAAGAAACACUAACAUGAGUAAAACAUCCUCAAAGGUAGAAGUUGAGGGUAAAGACAAAAAUGACCCACAAGCUAAAACUCUAUCGCGAAACAGUACCAAAACAUUAAGAAAGAGUAAGAGGUUUAAAGUCCAAUCCCCUCCAGGAAAAGAACUGCAUGUUGCCAUGGUUAACAGGAAGUUUGCAAAAAUUGCAAUAUGCAAAAAAGAUUAUGAAAGCUUCCCGAGUGAAAGCACAUUGACAAGUGAGAAGCUUUUCAUGAACCAAGAAAAAAGUCCAGAUGAUAAAAAAGUACUGCUACCUCCAAUUCCUGAAAGUCCAGAAAAUGCACUUCAAAAAAAGAGGAAGGAUUUUUGCUCUUAUUCACAACCAACACUUGAUACUGAAAGUAAAUUUUGUAUAAUAAAACGAGCCAAAGAACUCCGCAAUGAGCGUGACUCAAAAAUAAGAAACCAAACCCUUACAACAAUGUCAUCAGAGAUGCAUAGGAAAUACUCAAAAGCAAGAAAAACAUCUCUAAAGAACUAUAGAGAUCAGAAGAUAGAAAUUUUUGGUGACAACAGGAAACUUCUCAACGAAGAAGCAAAAGUUGUUGUGGAAGACAAACCAACUACACUUCCUUUAUUAGACAGUAAGUCUUUCAGUGAAAUUGACUGUAAUGACUUUCUGAAUGUAAAUAAUCGCUUAGAUGGUCUCUCACCGACCCCAGCUGUUCUAGACCAUACAUUACACUGGUGGUUAGCAACCAAACCUCAAGAUAAUUAAGUAAUGUAAAAUUGUGGCCAACAAAAGUUUGUUGUUAGAACAGCUGUUGUGCAGAUUUAAUUUACAAAGUAUGCCACUAGUACAGGCCAAUGUAACA